GAAGCGAGGAGGAAGCACAUUCGUCUGCACAUGGAGGGCACGCUGACUGCCCGGGACAAGGUCGGAGUGCAGGAUUUUGUGCUAUUGGAUGCAUAUACCAGCGAAUCUGCUUUUGUGGACAACCUUCGCAAGCGUUUCAGCGAGAACCUCAUAUACACAUAUAUUGGGACCCUCCUUGUGUCCGUGAAUCCAUACCAGGAGCUCGGGAUCUACACGGUGAGCCAGAUGGAACUUUAUCAAGGGGUCAAUUUCUUUGAACUGCCACCACAUGUCUAUGCCAUAGCUGACAAUGCUUACCGCAUGAUGUGCUCUGAACUAAAUAACCACUUCAUCCUCAUUUCUGGAGAGAGUGGGGCAGGGAAAACAGAGGCCUCCAAGAAGAUUCUCCAGUAUUUUGCAGUGACCUGCCCAAUGACCCAGUCACUACAAAUAGCCCGAGACAGAUUGCUGCUCUCCAAUCCAGUGCUGGAGGCUUUUGGAAAUGCUAAAACACUCCGGAAUGACAACUCCAGCAGAUUUGGAAAAUACAUGGACAUACAGUUUGACUUUCAGGGCAUUCCCGUGGGUGGGCAUAUCAUCAGUUACUUGAUAGAAAAGUCCCGAGUCGUCUACCAGAACCAUGGUGAACGGAAUUUCCACGUCUUCUACCAGCUGCUAGCGGGUGGUGAAGAAGAGCGCCUUGCUUACCUGGGACUUGAACGAGACCCCCAGCUGUACAAAUACCUCUCACAGGGUCAUUGUGCCAAAGAGUCCUCUAUUAACGACAAGAAUGAGUGGAAAACCGUUUCCAAUGCCUUUUCUGUCAUUGAUUUUACUGAAGGUGACCUUGAGAAUCUCUUCGGAAUUAUUGCCAGUGUCCUACACCUGGGGAACAUUGGUUUUGAAGGAGACGACCAAGGCUGUGCCACCAUCCCAGACACCCAUGAGAUCAAGUGGAUUGCCAAGCUCCUGGGGGUCCACUCAUCAAUUCUUCUGGAAGCUCUCACCCAUAGGAAGAUCGAAGCCAAAACAGAGGAGGUGAUAUGCCCAUUGACACUAGAACUCUCUGUCUACGCUAGAGAUGCAAUGGCAAAGGCCAUUUAUGGACGAACAUUUACUUGGCUGGUCAACAAAAUCAAUUCCUCUUUAGUUAACAAGGAUUUCACCAAGAAAACCGUGAUUGGAUUGCUGGAUAUCUAUGGGUUUGAAGUCUUCGACAAGAAUGGUUUUGAACAGUUCUGUAUAAAUUACUGCAAUGAGAAACUUCAACAACUGUUAAUAGAGAGGACUCUAAAAGCAGAACAGACAGAAUACGAAAUGGAAGGUAUAGAGUGGGAACCAAUUCAAUAUUUCAACAACAAGAUCAUCUGUGAUUUGGUAGAAGAGAGGCACAAGGGAAUCAUAUCCAUUCUGGAUGAAGAAUGCAUUCGUCCUGGUCCUGCUACAGACUUGAGUUUCCUGGAGAAAUUGGAAGAGAAAGUGGGCAAGCACGCACACUUUGAAACCCGUAAGCUGGCUGGUCCAAAAGGCCGAAAGAGGAUUGGCUGGAUGGAGUUCCGACUCCUCCACUACGCAGGAGAAGUCACAUACUGUACCAAAGGAUUCUUGGAAAAGAACAAUGAUCUCCUUUACAGACAUCUGAAAGAAGUGCUGUGCAAGUCCACAAACAGCAUUCUGAGGGAAUGCUUCCUGGUGGCUGAGUUAGAAAACCGGAGGAGGCCACCAACAGUGGGGACUCAGUUUAAAAACAGUCUGAGCAGCCUUCUAGAAAUUCUCAUCUCUAAGGAACCCUCAUAUAUCCGUUGUAUCAAGCCCAAUGAGAGGAAAGAACCCAGCAAGUUUGACGACUUCCUCGUAAGUCAUCAGAUCAAGUACCUGGGAUUGAUGGAGCACCUGCGGGUGAGACGGGCUGGCUUUGCCUACCGGCGGAAAUAUGAACAUUUUUUGCAGAGGUACAAAUCCUUGUGCCCUGAUACCUGGCCGCACUGGUGCGGGCCUCCAGCAGAAGGUGUAGAACGGCUGAUUAAGUACAUUGGCUACAAACCCGAGGAAUACAAGUUAGGGAAAACCAAAAUAUUCAUUCGUUUCCCCAGGACUCUCUUUGCAACCGAAGAUGCCUUUGAAUUUAGUAAACAUCAAUUAGUUGCGAGAAUUCAAGCCACAUACAAAGGCUGCCAAGGAAGGAGAGAAUAUGUGAGAAAAAGACAAGCAGCCAUCAGACUGGAAACCUAUUGGCGUGGAGCCCUGGCUCGGAGGGAGGCAGAGAGGAGAAAGUGGGCCGUGCAGAUUAUCAGAAAGUUCAUCAAGGGAUUCAUCUAUCGCAAUAAACCCCUUUGUCCUGAGAAUGAAGAGUUUGUAGUGUUUGUGAGGAAGAAUUACAUCUUGAAUCUUCGGCAUCAUAUUCCAAAGACUGUCCUGGACAGGAGCUGGCUGAGGCCUCCUGGCAUCUUGGAGAAUGCCUCAGAUCUGCUCAGGAAAAUGUGUAUGAGGAACCUGGUUCGGAAGUACUGCCGAAGGAUCACAGCUGAGUGGAAAGCAAUGAUGCAGCAAAAGGUGGUUACAAGUGAAAUAUUCAGGGGAAAGAAAGAAGGCUAUGCAGAAAGUUUAAUGCAACCCUUUGCCAACACUCGGAUAGAUGAAGAAGACAUUAAUCCCAAAGUGCUUCAACUAAUUAGCAAUGAGAAAAUCCAGUAUGGUAUCCCGGUCAUUAAAUAUGACAGGAAAGGCUUCAAGGCACGACAGAGGCAACUCAUUCUGACUCAGAAAGCAGCUUAUGUGGUGGAAUUUGCCAAAAUCAAGCAGAAAAUAGAGUACUCAGCACUCAAAGGUGUCUCCACUAGCAAUCUGAGUGAUGGAAUCUUAGUCAUUCAUGUUUCGCCAGAGGACAACAAGCAAAAGGGGGAUGUUGUUUUACAGUGUGAACACGUAUUUGAAGCAGUUACUAAACUCAUCAUGCUGGUUAAGAAGGAGAACAUUGUAAAUGUUGUUCAAGGAAGUUUACAGUUUUACAUUAGUCCAGGAAAAGAAGGCACCAUAGCUUUUAACACCGGACCAGAAGAACAAGUCUAUAAAGAUAAAAAUGGACAGUUAACAGUGGUGUCAGUCCGUAAGAAGUCCUGAUAGAGAAUGACAUCUGACUUCUACCAUUGACUUUUUCCCUCCAGCUGAGCAAAUUAUCAAGGAAGCAGAAAUUUGAUCCAAUUGGCUACACCAAGGAAAGAUUCCAGCAGCAUUGGAUAGAGAAUCACAUCUGAAGAAACUUGGGGUGAGGGGUGCUUAUUAUGCCAAAUCUUAACCCCAGCUUCUCAGCUGCCCUGGGCACUAUAUUAAAAUGUCUCCCUUAGGGAGCAACUGCAGGUCACCCGAGGGGGUGGUUUUAAAUAUCCCCAGUAGGGCCUACACUUGAUGGACAUUUCAACAGGUCUUUAUAGAGUGGGCAAGACUCUCUACCUUUGUCAAGUUGCCCCUGAGUUACAAUGAAAUAUGUACAGCAGGUCCUCAAAUAACAUCAUUUCAUUAUAAAGAUGAUGGAAAAAAAAAUUCCUGGCUAGAGCUGCUAUCGGUGGAGUGUAUGUGGGUUUUCUCUGGGUACUCCAGUUUCCUCUCACAGCCGCAGGACGUGCAUAAGAUGUGAACUGGCUACAUGGUCCCAGUCUGAAUGUGCCUGCAGUGGAAGAGUCCUGGCCAGAGUGGGUUCCUGCCUUAUGCCCCAAUUUGCUAGGACAUGCUCAGGCCACCCAAGACCCUGACCUGGAACAAGCAGGUUGGAAAAUAAAUGAAUAUAAAUUACUGCACAAUAAAAAUUUGCAUAUGAUUAUCAUACAAAUGCACAACAAUAAACGCUGAUACAAAAGCACUCAGCAAUCAAUAUUUGUGAGUAUUUGGUUCUGGUGCUCCUUAUAAUUUUUGCUAUGUAAGUAUCUGUUCCUUGAUUUAACCCACCACUACAACCAUCCUCACUAACUCACUAAACAUUGGGGAAUUAUCUUGUUUUUAUUAAUCUUUCUUAAAUGUAUCCCAUUUAUUUCAAUGUUUAGUAUUAGAAGUGUUGUUAUUUAGAAGUUUGGGGGUAUUUCUGUGACUAGGAGUAUGCUAUAGGAAUUUAACCCUUGUUUCUAUCCAUUAGCCUAUGGUAAAAGUGGUUUUGCUUCAAACUGAAGUUUCUAAGAACUAAUCGAUGACACUGAGGACUUACAGUAUAUGGUCUGAGAAUCAGCAAAGAAAAUUUCAUAAAGCUACAAAAUUCAAAUUUCACUUUAAAUAAAUGGAACUUACAAGCAUCAAGCAAUUGUGUUGUUUCUGAUGAGGCUUUUAAGUCCCACAUGGUGAGAUGAGUCCUCAACCCCCAAUAUUAAAUCAGUAGUAACUCCACCUGUCAUUCUGCUUUUGCCCAAGCCAGACAACCACUAACCCAAGACCUCCCUUCUGUGUUUAAAUUCAUACUCUACAGAAAAAUGACUCCUCUUUCGUUUUCCAUGCUGAGCAACUUUUAAGGUGGUAAGGUAGAAAAGUAGGGGCUCUGCCUUGCCUCUUCACUGUAAACCGCACCUCAGUGGCUCAGUGAUGCUGGGCAUUCCUGAAAAGACCCAGAAAGCAGAUUUAAAUAGAAGCAUUAUAUAACUUUUAUUUCAUGUAUGUCCACAAAUGCUUGUACAACAGUGACUACUUUAAAACUUACAGCAUCUUUUCAUAGCACAAAGAACAGAAAGGUUAAUUAACACCACGCUUAAAUGUGUUACCGUGACUUUGGGUGGAGCCCUAAAGAUAGCACACACUCAGGAGGGAGGGCUGAGUGUUGUUCACACUUCAGUGCUGAACAGCUGCUGUACAGCAAAUACACUUCAACAGGGCUGGGAAACCUGCACAGUGACUGACCAGCUAAUCUACCACAGGAAAGUGACAGAGAUAUGGCAGGAAUUAUCUCAGGUACAACCUCCCAGUCACCACAAGCAGAGGACUUAUUAAAAAAGAAGAAAAAAAAAAACUUGAUUACAACAGACUAGAAGCUGCUCCAUUUUUAAAAACUGUAUGCUAUUACUAUGUGAUAAAACCUUACUUUUUGCCAAUUCUUAGAUCAGUGUUUUACUUGGAUGGUUCUGAAAUAUUGACUUUUGUCCUUAGUGCUAACAUAAGCAAAAUCAGUUCCAUAUAAUAUAGAGUAUAUUUGAUAAGCGUGUGGACCAGCCAACACUGUCAGCUCAUGGCUACCUGCAGCUAACAGUAUCACUUACCAUGGAAUGUUUUAUGAACCUGUUCAUAUUCAAAACUGCAAAGUUGGAGGAAAAGUAAAGUUAGAGAGAGCUGCCAGGAACAUUAAGUCAUAAGGCAUAGGAGCCAAAAUAAAACAGAUUAACUUUAACUUACCACAAACUUACUCUUCAUACAAACAUUUAAAAAAC